AUUUCAUCAGCGUAAGCAAUAAUUUGAGUCUAAACAGAUCGGCUGACAAUUGGGAUCAGAGCUCUCAAAACCCUCAGAAUGAAGUCACUUAAAUCUCAUGAAGGUUUCAUAAAACUUGUUUUCUAACCAAGCUUCUUACAAUCUUAUCACGGAUGCCAGAACUUUUCCCUCUACCCCACCAUGAUGUGAGGCUGUAGGAGAAUUAAAAUUCCACUCGAUACCAUUGCGUAAAAAAGAGUAAUGGAUCUUCUUCUGGUUUCCUACAAUAAUCAUAACACGAAGCCUCUUUUCAUACAUUGUGAAAUUUGUACCAUCGUCCUUAACCUGACCUCUGCGGGCGAUAAAUGAUUUAGGAGCCAUUAUUUUGCUCUGAAUCAUGGAAGAAUGUCCAUAUCGGCAACCACUCUGACUAUCGUGGUUGGUUCGUAAUGCACUUGCUAAAUGAGUAAUUAAAGUUUUCCUUCCAGGUGACCGUUUUAGAGAGUUUUAACUUAAUAUUUCGAGAAUGCUGCAGACCACAACUUACUCACCAAACACAUGACUCUUUCAUCCAACAUAUGCCAUGAAGUGUCUUGUCAUUUGAGGCUGCCAAGAAUUACGUCUUCCCCAAACAAUCCAUUGAUUGGCAAGCGAAAAGAAAACGUAACUUUGAGCUGGAAGUUUGAGCUGCGUCCCACAGAGACAUGGAAUAAUUCUAUAAUCGAAGUGGUCUUUGGUGAGUGGAAGUAUCCUGGAUUCCUCAAGAAAAAACUUAUGCUCAUUAACAACACUGGCGGAAAAAUAAUACGAGAGAACUAUGAGAAAAAGAUAAGCUGUCACUUCGACAUGUCUCUCUUGCAAGUGGCAUUCAUUCUUCACGAUUUGGAUAAGAGCGAUGAGAAUGAAUAUGGCGUUCAAGUUGAGUUUGACCUGAGUCAAGCUCCCUUAACGGAUAGUGUCAAACUUCGUCUUGAAGGUAAUAAGUCCUCGAUUGUCGUACGCACUGUGUCAUAUUCAAACAUAAAAGUGUGACUAAAAUGUUCUCACAUAUUAGAUCAAUUUCUAACAAUUUUAAACCCUUCAACCAUAAUCAAGUUUUUCAUGAGAAAAGCUCAAGUGGAUAACAAACAAGGGCUGCAAGGAAUUACGGGAAAAUUUAUCGAUCGUUACUUUCAUCCUGGCUUUGGUAAACAACCAUCCUCAAAAAUUCAGAAUUUCAUGCUGGAUGUAACGUGUCUCGUUAUUCAAGACUGUAAAUCAAUAUCUCAGGAAAGUUUUGACUCUGUACCUGCCUACCACCAUUGAACUACUAAAGAUGGAAGCCGGGAAGUACUUAGAAUACGUAAAAGGAAAAUAUGUCGUAAACUGAUGCAAAUGUAACCCAAAGUACAGCAGUGGAACCUUUUGUGAGUUGAUACUCACUGAUUAUAGGCAUAGUUUAUUUGGUAAUCAUGUUUUUGAUCAAGGUAGACACAAAUUAAUGAUUUGUAUUCCGGAUGGUUUUUCCUUUUUCUUUUCCUAUUAGACCCACCUAAAAUUAACACUCCUCAACAAAAAAACAUCUCCGUGAGGGAUAGUGAACCACUGAUGAUAAAAUGCCAUGCAAGUGGAUUUCCCACACCAAACAUAACAUGGAAAAGACUAGGGAAAACCAUUGGAAACCAAGCUCUUUAUUUCAAUUCUAUAAAGAAAAGUGACAGCGGAGUUUACCAGUGUGAAGCUCAUAACCAGGCAGGCAAAGAUAGCACGGAAAUCACUGUCAGAGUUGAUGAUUCUGACGAUCUGGAGUCUCCAACAACGGAGAGAGGUAAAUUUAAUUAAUGUAUGUUAACCCAUCUUCGAAGUGAUUUAAAAUUAGAGAAUGUAUGUCCUCACACCUUCCUAAUCGCAGGGAAAUAAGAGCUGAUUUUUUUAAAUAAGGAUGAACUGAGAGAGGAAUAAGACCUUUUUAAAGGUUACGAAACAGCCUACGAUAAAAGUUUCUCUUAAAAAGCAACCUGACAUAAACACUAAAUCCUUUUCCCAACAACUUAUUAUAUCUCUUCUUUCUUUUCCAGUUCCUGAAUCGCCACCUGGAACAUCAAAGGCCAAUAGAUCCGUGUGGAUCAUCCUCUUACUGGCCAUUACUGGAGUACUUAUCAUACUAAUUAUGAUAACACUCAUAGAAAUGAUGUGUCGCUCUCGAAAACGUUGCCAAAAGGAUGAUAUUAGAAGGAUUAGAUACAAGAAGCAAAUAGACUUUACAGGAUCGAAUGAAUAUUUUACUCCUAUCACUAAGCUGAAGACAGUGUUAAGUUCUCAGUCAUUAUAGACAAUCGAUAAGCGGGAAAACGAGAAACAGCUAUAGACGGGGAAAGGAAAAACGACGAGGGAGCAUGCAAGUGUUUUUUUGAAUAUCCAUCAAGGAGCUUACCCUAAGGAAAAAAAAACAGACAUAUCCCAUGAUUCACCCGUCUGAUUUAGAUUGUCUCCAUGUGCUGACCAAAAACUGGCCAUUCGUUUUCAGUUUUAACUUUUUUCAGUUUUAAAAAAUUUACUCCUACAAUAGUUUGAAAUCAAAGUAAAUAUAGUUGCUUACAACUGCACAUAAUUAUAUGUGUAAGAAGCCAGAUUUGGUAGUGUCAUGAUCUGCUGCUAAUGCCCACUAAAUAUGAUAAAACGUGUAACUUAUUCUCCUUUACAAUCUGAAGAGACCUGAAAGUUGUCUUACAGUUUCCAAAUUCCUACUGCACCACCCACUGACAGAAGAAAUGAGGGUAGAAAAAGAAAAUUUAUGAAUUAACCCUGACUCGCCCACCGUUUUUUUAGGUACUACGUCGAUAUAAAGCUGCCAAUGGCCCAAGAUAGAUACAGAACGUUAUAAGAACACAUUUGUAAAAAGAUUAACUUUUAAAAACAACCUUUUAUUAUUAUUAUUAUAAUUCAGCUUUUAGUGCGAUCGAUCAACACUGGAUUUUCGAAAAACCGCAGCUGCUCGAGCAAAAAGGGAGACGCAGUCAUUUAAUUAUCUCAAACAUGUCCACAUUUCCACAUGUCUGCAAAUUGUUUCUAGUGUCUCAGCGAUUGGAGAUUUUAAAGUGUAUUCGUCGAAGAUUAGAUAAAUAUUUUGCAAUGAGACACCCCCUAGCUAGCUGAGUUUCAAAGGGAUGAUUAUUUGCACAAAUUGGUAUGGAAUAAGCUUGAAAUACAAGCUCGUUGGUAGGUAGAAAUUCAGGAAUCUUGGAAUUUUGGAAUUGGAACAUGAAAAUGAAGUCAGGAGGGAGGUAGUUCCAGAUUAAAACAUGUGUACUCUAUUCUAUUCUUGCAUUUACAUUUCAAUUAACACAUUCUUUACAUUUCUAAGAGCUAAUUGGUGAGAGUGAAUUUCAAUUAACCCUGACUCGUCAAGAUAUUUGAAGUUAAUUUACUGUAGAAUUUCAAAAUUGUUCACACCUACAUCAUCUGGUUUUAUUUAGGUUUUGUCGUAAAUUCAGAACUCGAGCAAUGAGAAGUGGAAAGGUCUUUCAUUAUUACAUUUAUGAAUUUUUAACAUGAGCCUCGGGCUUAUAAGAUUACACAAGCGUUUCACACAUUUACUGUGCGUGAAGAGGUGGCUGAAUUUUUCUGGUGCGAGUGUAACCUCACGCCAUACUAAAAACACGAGGAUGUUUACUGAAGACGCCAGCAGAUCCUAUGGUAAAGUCAGGCAACCGUUUCGGCUCCUUUCUAGAUCGACCCAAAGCUCAGUCUCGGGAUUUCAAGGUAAUCGCUUUUCACGCACUGAUAGAGACACUUUCCUUUUUUCCCAGAAAAGAACAAAGCUGUAUUGUUUACAAAAAUAGCCGAAACAAGCCCAUGAGUAAUGCAUGGCAAUGAGAUGCAGAGCCAUUCUCGACGCGUGUUCCCCGGUGGGAUUACACUCGAAGUGUCCGGCCAACAUGAAGUUUCUCUUAUGCGGUUUGGUUUGUAUUUUAACUCUGAUUCAAGGUGAGUUGACUGUCAAUGCUCAAAACAUACAUUUGCGAUAUAUUUAAUUAGCUUUCGAGAUGAUGAAAAAAACUCGCCGUUUCCAAGUAUGUAUUGUACUAGAGAUGGAAACCGAAAGCAGCCGUUAUGAAAAUACGUAUUUUACGUAAUGUUCUUAUUCUUAAUUAAACAGUAAUGCCUCACUGAAUGAAAUAACUGAUUCGCAAAUAAAAUUAUGCAUAAAGUCACGACAAUUACCUUAAGCGUCAUAACCAUCCGUGGGCUUCCUGCUUUUCUCGGAAACAAGACACACUUCUAGGAAAAGUUAAUAAUAUAUCAGUAAUGAAAACGCUUCAAUGAAUUUUAAGCACAAGAAAGCGUUGUUUGAAACUAUUUGAAAAUUUACAAUUGUUUAUAAUAGUUUUCCUCAUUCUUUCGUUCCUGUAACCGGCAUUGAUCCCCGCAAAAUCGGCAAAAUAGCUAGUGUGAUCAAAAUGAGAGUUCGGAAUUUCCAUCAUGCGUGUAAACGUCUGGUAAUCUAAUCUCGUCGUAGUGGACAUGUGCUCGAAUUCCUCCAGAAACCUAAAUUCUGACUGAAGGUUUCUCGACCGAACUAAAUUGUUGAAAUGUGAAUACUAUGAAUGUUUUUUAGAACAAGUGGUGAGCUGUUUGUAUAUUUUAACAGAGCCGGUUUUAGAAGUUUUGGAAAAGCAAGGAUACUUUACCAAUGCAUUUAAGUUCAAUUUUCCCUGGGAAUCUAAGUAGCAUAAAAUUUAUAAUUCUGAAGAUUGCUUUUAAAAUUUUUGUAUUCAAAUUUUUCAGCUAUCACAACAACUGCAGGAGCUGUCUGUCUGGAUUCUACAGUUACAUUUGCAGUUAAUUCUGGAGUUAACGCAAGCCUUCCUUUCAACGCAUCAGAUUAUGAGAAUCAAAAAGAUUUCCGAGUCUAUCGUGCUCAGAGAAACUCUAUAGAAUUUGCUCACAUGACAAAAGAUGUAUCGAAGGGCGAUUGUUCUGGUCCACUGUCGGAUCUUUGUGUGAAAGGGAAGAUAGAGUUUGCGAGGGAUAACCAAACCCAUUUGUUAUUGGUGAAGAUCUUCCAUACCACUGUUAAUGACAGUGGUCAAUACGCAGUCUGGACUAGAUUUUACAGUGGUAAUUUCCAUGACGACGAGAAAACAGCGAAAUGCUUAAAGGUGAUAAAUGUGAAAGUAGAAGGUAAGGAAUGUAUAUGUGUCAUCUUUAUUAUCAAAGUAUCCUGCUACUGUUCCCCAUCAGAGAGCAAGGAGAUGUCUGAGGUUAUCAACUAUUUUAUUCCCAAGAACCCACCACACUAAACUGCUUGAGACUUUGGUUUGUUAUUUUUUCGCAGUUCUGUCAGCUUCAGAUCCUUUCGAACUAACUUUGAGACGAGCAGGGGAGUUUACGAAAGCUUUUGGCUCUGUCUUGUUACAGCAAUGAUUAAACAUAUUUUUUUAAAAAACAUAUUAUGUUACAUUCUGUACAGUUCAGUUAACGGAAAGGACAUUUGUAGUCAGGACCGCUGUCUCUCUUGUUCCUUGAAACUGAGCAUUUCUUCCGCGGAAAUCAACUUUUAAAUCUUUGUGUAAACUAAGGCGGCCCAGCAUUGCUUAUUCUAAACCAGUUUCUACCAUGAAUUAAUAAUCCCGCUUUUUAUCUACAACAUUUCUACUAAAUUCAUACAUAAAAUGCACAAUUUAAAAUAUAUCAUCAUUCAUGUCUUAGAUAACUCCACAGUAGCCACGACAAGUCCAGUUUCUCAGUCGACUCAAGUCUACAGCACCAGCAGCAGCCCAGGUAAGCGUUGACAAAGGGAGUAGUCAUUCGUACCCUGUAACACACAAAUCAUUACUGUACGCUACGCUUCUGGAUAAGCAAACCAUGCAAACUUUUUCACUGCCCGAUGAGCUGAAACUCAAACUCACUUGAAAGCUUGUCUCGAGAGUUUUGAACCUCCUGCCCUCGGAUUUCUUAGAAUUGAUUAUCGUAUAGAGAUGCAGUCUUUUGUGGAAAUUGUUAGGCUUUGGAUCUUCAUACACUGCUCCAGUCGUAAAGAAAUGCACAAAUCAUGUGAUAAUUUUGCCGGAAUGGAUGACGGAAGUGACAUUGAAAUAAACUGCCUUGCAUGGUUUAACCUGGACAACAUCUGCCAUGAAUUAUUAAUUCCGUUAUAUAAAUUACUGAUUGUAUUUUUCUAAAUUCAUGCUGAAAUGUACAAAUGAUAUCAUGUCAGUUUUAAUUUAUAUAACUCCACAGAAACCCAGACAAGUCCAGUUUCUCAGUCGACUCAAGUCUACAGCCCCAGCAGCAGCUCAGGUAAGCGUUGCCUGGGGGAGUAGUCACGUUUAGUCUUUAACACACGGCUUUAUUGACGGCUUAUCCAGUUCAACUGAGUUGAUAAUGUAAUUUCCGCCAUUAAGAGAUUCAAAAGCUAAUAUCUCGAGCGUCAACCUCUCGUCAGAGUAAAUCAACAGCUAGAUUUAAGCUCCUCAUAUACGAACGACAAGCCACGCUAAAGAUCAUUUUUCUCUAUGUAAACCCUAGACUGAGUUCCACGCUGGCAUAACUUCUCGAAUGUUUCCGGCCCCCUCGUGUCCAGAUGAACAUGUAAACGCGAGAAAAGUCCUCUAAUUCUUUGCUUCCGAUGUUUGGAUUGUUUCAAGCAAUUCCGGCCAUCAUUUCAUAACCCUUCCAAUUUCUUUCCGGCUGGAAGUGAACGUAACGCUUCCUGGAGCAAUAAAAAAAUAAUAGUAAAUGUCAUCUAGGAAACAAUGAUAAAAGCCACAAAGUGCUACUAAAUAUUAAAGAUAAAAAAUUCUCUCGAGCUCAAAAUUUCAUGGUCUAUUAAAAUUGUACCAACGACAUAAAGAUAAGUAGCCUUCAAAUAAUAAGGACAACCAACAAAAUCCGCAUCAAAAUUUCUCAGCUUAUUAGUUACAAAAUCUCACCUUUUGAGCAGCCAUAUUGGAUUCCUAUACGUUCGCUACCUCGCAGAAUACAUUUGUGAAUAUGCAAAACGCCUCCGGAUAGGCUUCAAGAUUUGUGAUUGAACCGAAUACUUGUUUAUCAGUGUUAAUAUUAAAGAUACCUGCUAAUAAACUAGGACACUAAACAACUAAGGUCUACAACAGUAAGGAGAAAUUCCCUCUAGUGAGUAGUUCUGACAUCAGCUCUUUCUAAUUUUUUGCGUGCUCACUUCUUGCAUAUCAUUCUCACCAGCUGACUUACUUACCAGCGUGAAUAUUGUAUCUUUUAUUUUCCAGGUCCCGGAGGGAAGACGGCAGAGAUUGUACUAGGGGUUCUUUUAGCUAUCACAUUGCUCAUAAUUGCCGGCGGUUUACUCUAUUAUUUUAGAUGUCUUAAAAAGCCUAAACCAUCAAAAUCAGGACGUAAUGGCGAAGAAAUGGAUUUCAUUGGAGUAUAAUAUAAUAACGAGCAAAUGGCUCACAAUGAAGCGCCAACUCAACCAGACAACUGAAUGGCCCAAAGAACGACUGAAGGGAGAGAAGUUGUUAUUUUCUUUCAUUCCGCAUUUUAUUAUUUUCAUUCUCCUUAUUAUGCCGUUACUCUUACGGAAACUGUGGUCAAAUAAAAAUCCAUUUGAAAAAUUUAUAUAUUUCCUGACUAUUGAGCUAUGGGAACG